AUGUUUGAUUUGGUGUUUGUUUGGCGUUCAUUUUUGCGAUCGUACUCGAAUACGCUUUUGUAUCGUAUCAAGGUGGUUUGCCGAGGUACAGCAAGCAACGCAAACUGCAAGAGCAUGAAGCUGAGCGUGAACCUGAUAAUGAGGACUCAGUUUGUCAAAUUUUUAGUUUAUUUACGAAUUGUACCAAAAAUCAGCAAUGUUUCAGCACGCAAAGACGACUGGGGGAUAGACGAGCACGAAGUGCAAAAGUUCAUAAAAGCUAGAGCAGCUGAACUCAACGACCUACCCUUACUGGAUUGGUGGCAGAAAUGGAAAGUUGACGCAAAUCCUCCGAAGAUGAUUGACCUAAGAUCACGCUAUGAUUUUUACAGAGAAAAUGAGAAAGUCAAAUCCGACGAGGUAAUACAGAAAAUUCUCUCUCAUAGCUAUGAUACACUGAUACGUCCUCCUAUUGUCGAUGAUAUGGGAAAGGAUUUGCCCGCAAAAGUCGACGUUCAGUGCUACGUGCGUAGUAUGUCAAACAUCGACUUCGUUCGGAUGGAGUACACACUACAGCUGACUUUUCGUCAAUUCUGGCAAGAUCCGAGAUUAGCGUAUACGAAAAUGUUUCCCGACAGGAUUAUACCGAAAUUUUUGGUGAUCACAGAACCUCACCUUAUUUGGACCCCAGAUACAUUUUUCAUGAACGAGAAGAAUGCUCAUCGCCAUACUAUAGACAAACUUAAUGUUAUGAUAAGGAUUCAUUCGAACGGUGAUGUUCUCUAUUCGGAGCGUAUAUCUCUCACCUUGUCUUGCGCUAUGCAUUUACAGAAGUACCCAAUGGACGAACAGAUGUGUGGCCUGUAUUUGGCAUCGUACGCCUACACAACUGAUGAUAUAGUUUAUCGGUGGAAGAGCGAGGAUCCUAUCCAAUUACAUCCGUUACUGAACACUUCACUGCCAAAUUUUUCUGUGGAGCCAGCUGAGAUCUCUACCUGCACUAGUACAACAGCAACAGGAGAAUAUUCGUGCAUACAGGCUGUUUUCGUGUUAAAGAGAAUGUUUAGUUAUUACUUUGCUCAAAUUUAUCUACCUUCCACACUCCUAGUCAUCGUUUCUUGGGUAUCAUUCUGGUUAGAUAGAGAUGCUGUUCCUGCCAGGGUUACACUAGGGGUUACAACACUCUUAACCAUGACUACUACGGCCAUAGGGAUCAACAGCAACCUUCCAGCUGUUUCCUAUAUCAAAGCUGUAGAUGUUUGGAUUGGUGCUUGUUUGGCAUUCAUCUUUGCUACUGUGCUUGAAUAUGCUUUUGUAUCGUACCAAGCUGGUUUGCCGAAAUAUAGCAAGCAUUGCGGACCACAAGAACACAAGGCUGAACUUGAACCCGAUAAUAGGAUUUCACAUGCCUCCUCACGCAAAGACAGCUGGGGAACGAGCAAACACGAAAUGCGGAAGAUUUUGAAAGUAAAAGCUGCUGGACUCAAUGAGUUACCUCUACUGAAUUGGUGGCAAAAAUGGAAAGUUGGGGCGGAUCCCCCAAAAAUGAUUGAUCUGAGAUCGCGGUUGCUGUUUCCGGCAUUAUUCGUGCUAUUCAAUGUGUUCUAUUGGAUAUGGUACUCGGAACUCUAAUGCGAUCAAAAAAAA